AUGUGGGCUGAUCCAGAUGAUUCGGUAAAUGGGCUUGGAGUUCACCCUUGGCGCCCCGGGCUGUUGACAUCUAGGCUUAGUAAGUGGGCCGAAUGGCCUGGGUCAGCAGUCUAUAUGGAAGCAAGACUUUGUCUGAGCUUGUUUCGGACUGGGUUCUCCCAAUUUGGGCUUGACACCGAUUGGGCAUUUGUUGGAUCAUCAGGGAAGAUGUACCGCACUGGGCCAUGGAAUGGAGUUCGAUUGAGACCAAGCCCAGUUAGUAUACCAAGUUAUACAGCCAAUGCCGAUGAGGUGUAUUUUAUGUAUAAGUCUACCAAUGACUCCUAUAUUACAAGAUUAAUGCUGAAUGAAAUGGGUAUGCCACAGCGGCUCAUUCUAAGUGAAGGGAGCUCUGAAUGGGUUGCUAUGUACACAACAUCGAAUGAUCCGUGUGAUGAAUAUGGACAUUGUGGUGGCAAUGGUAUUUGUAGAGUUAACAAUAGGCCAGUAUGUGACUGUUUGAUGUGGUUCGGCAAUUUAGUUGAUAUUCGAUACUUUGAUGACAAAGACAACAAGCAAGAUAUCUACAUACGGAUGCCAGCUUCGGAAUUUAGUGCAGAAACUCAGAAUCAAGACAUCGAGUUACCAUCUUUUGAUCUGCUCACAAUUGCAGAUGUCACUAAUAACUUCCCUUCCACAAAUAUGAUCGGAAAGGGUGGUUUUGGUCCUAUUUAUAAGGUUAAAUAA